GGAGAAUUUCAGGUAUAUUUUUUUUUUGUAUGAUUUCAAAUAUAUGAUUUAAUUUGUACUAAUCUUUUUGAUAUUGCCUAAAUUUGUACAGAAAGAAUUUAGGUGGUUGCCUGAGUACAGCACGAGGAUCAGAUCUAAUUUUGAGAGGAGAGGAGCGACCCGUCUCAGAGACAUGUUCACGGACAUUAGAAAGUCCGGGCAGAGGCCUAAUUGGAUUGGAGAGGGCGUUUGGGCAGAUUUGAGUAGUGCUUGGGCUACCCCGGAGUUUAUAAAAAUGAGAGAGCAGAAUAAACAGAACAGAGCCUCUGACUGCGGCGGUUUAGGAAGCUCUCUUCAUACUGGUGGAUCUGUACCUCAUACAGAACAUAGGCGGCGACUGAAAGCGCACCUGGGUCGGGAGCCAACACCAUUGGAGCUGCAUACAAGAACUCAUCAACAUCAAGCUGACCAGCAGUGGGUUGAUGAGAAAUCUAAGAAGGCUCAUGAUGAUUUCUUACGAGUUAGAGAAAGUAGGCAGUCCACUGGCGAGGGAUCAUCUUCUGGAUCGGCCCAUACUUCUGAGUAUCAGACAUGGUCAGAAGUUGUUGGUGGAAGACAGAGGGGGAGGGUAUAUGGCAUGGGUUCACAAGCUUUUGCUAUUGAGUCCAGUUCAUACACCUCUGCAUUCCAUGAUCCAAGUGGAGCUGAAGAAUCUGUAAGUGAGAGGGUUGCAGCACUUACUAGAGAGAUUGAAGAGAUGAAAAGGGUUCAGAAUGAAAUGCAAGCAGAGUUGCAAUCCUACAGAGCUGGAAAACAAAGGAAGAAGGACCAACAGGAGCAACCAUCUGUAGAUAGUGAGGAUACCGAUGAUGAUUAG